CGAAAGGCGCACACCACACAACGCAGACAUAUGGUCGCCCAGCGCAGGACCUCUGAAGGAUUACCCCUCUUGUAAAGGACCCUGACUGCGGACCAUUCACUGUGGAUAUACUGACACCGGAGCGAUAGAAAGAGGGGAUUACUGAAGGCCAGAACAUCCAUCAGCAUGGAUGUGCUAAAGCCGUGCGCUGUGUUGGUGACUCUUAUCUCACUUACCUGCGGCUUGUCACCACCCACUAUCAUUUCCAACGAAGAGGAAUUUAUUCUGCAGCCAAACUCCAUGUUCAACAUUAGCUGUACGGGGAAGAAGAGCGUGGUUUGGGCCGAACCUUUGCCUGAUAACGCCUAUGUUUUACCGGGAUUUUACACUUCUACGCUGUUCAUUGACAAUGCCACUGUGGAGAACACCGGCUACUACAUGUGCACGUACGAGACUUUUGAGGGAGAGCCAGAGGAGAACGAGACGGGCAUAUACGUCUUUGUACCAGAUCCCCUAACACCCUUUGUCCCAGAGUCUCUGGAAAACCUGAUUGUGCCCAUGGAUCAUAUUGGUGUGUCCAUUUCCUGUCGAGUAUCUGACCCUCAGUACCACGUAGUCCUGAAGAGCGUGGUCAGCGGAGAGGAGCGCUCUAUUCUUUAUGACAACAAAAUCGGCUUCUUUGGCACUUUGUCUCCUGGCCGCUACUACUGCGAGACCACUGUGAAUGGACGGACCUUUCAGAGUGCUAUCUACACUGUUGAGGAUGAAGACACUGCAGUUUUGGAUGACCUCAAGUUAGAAGUGAAGGCCAGUGAUGAGACACUCACUGUGGGACAGGCUCUGGACAUCACCUGCACUGUUCAAGGUGGACCCUUCUUACAGCAGCAGUGGCUUCACCCCAAGAAACAGGCGGUGGAUGCUGUUCAGAAGAAAGACGUCUUUUCAGAACAUGUCAUCUACACGCUACACAUCUCCAAAGCCUCUGCUCAGGACAGUGGUACUUAUGAGUGCUCCGUUACGGAUCAGAUCACUGGAGAGGUCAAAACUGGGACCGUGGCUGUCAUUGUAUUCGAAACCAGUUCUUACGUCGGUCUGGACCAUAGCGGGAUUUUGUCUACAGAGUUUGUCAGUCUGUUGGAGGAGACAGAGUUUACUAUCCUGAUUGAUGCCUACCCAGCUCCCAAAGUCUUAUGGCAGAAAGAUGACAAGGACAUUGAACAAAACUAUUAUGUCCUCACUACAACCAGUCACUUUGAGGGCAAUCGCUAUCAGAGCAUUCUCAAGCUUCGCCAACCUCUGGAGAAGGACAACGGGAAGUACACCAUCAUCGCUACCAGUGGUUCACGCAGUGCUCACUUUUCUUUUGACCUCAAAGUUAAAGCUCCUUCUGCAGUCAUGUUCCCACCAUCCUCCGCUCCGGUAUUGCUCCCCCCAAAUGAGGAGAUGGUGGUGCCCCUACACUCCCCCUUCACCCUCACCUGUCGGGGCAAUGGCAGAAUUGUCUGGAAUACCCCCCUGGUCGUCCCUGAGCAGACGCAGGAAGACAGUAAUGGUCUCUUUGUCAACACUGUUACUGUGGACAACGCCACAGCCAUGCACACAGGAUACUACAGCUGCUACUACAGCUCCAACAGCACGGAUAGCAUGGACGACAGCGCCAUCUAUGUCUAUGUGCCAGAUCCUGAGGUGCCCUUCAUCCCGUCCUUGCUGUCAUUUAGUAACCACGUUUUGUCCGGCCCCGAUGAGAUGGUGGUCCAGUGCAGAGUGUCCGACCCCAGCGCUAAUGUCACUCUGGUGAAUGUGGACCUGCAGCAACCCGUGCCCUGUGUGUACGACAGCAAGAGGGGCGCGCUGGGGAUCUUUCCUGGGGGGACAUACGUGUGUAAAGCUCUUAUAAACGGACAGGAGUACCUAAGUGAGGAGUACAUCGUCCAUGGCUGGAUUGGUGCUACUGUUGGUAGUGCUUUGCAUGUUGAGCUCAGUGCCAGAAGGACGGCCCUGCUGGUGGGGGAGACCAUCAAUGUGACCUGCCUGGCAAAAGGAUCACAAGUUCUGGAGGAUCAUUGGAAAUACCCGGGAAAACUGGCCAACCGUGGCUUUAAGACAGUGAAGGAGGACCAGAGGAACCAGGAAAUCCUGUACACACUGAGCAUUCCCCACGCCUCCACAAAAGACAGUGGGAUCUACACCUGCUCCAUCACAGAUGUCAUGAGCAACGACAGCCAAACCAAGACUCUCACUGUCACUGUUUAUGAGAGGGAGUUUCUGGAUAUUAAGCCUGAAUUCUCAGCAUUUGAGACAGCAGAGCUUGAUGAGGUCCGUGAGUUCCGAGCUGAAAUCAGUGCUUUGUCAAGCCCUCGCGUUACCUGGCUCAAAGAAGGACUUCCUCUUGGCGAUGUUACUGCGGAAAUCUCCACUUCCCUCCGGCAGAUCGGCGAGACCAGGUAUUUGAGUGUCCUAACCCUGAUCCGGGCCAAAGAGGAGGACAGCGGGAACUACACAAUGAACGUCACAAGUGGAAACCAAAGUCGUGGGCUUAGCUUCACUCUGCAGGUCAAAGUGCCUGCUGUUAUUGUGGACCUCAUGGACAUCCAUCAUGGUUCAGCUUCUGGUCAGGCUGUGGUCUGCAUCGCCCGGGGCCAACCCACUCCUGAAGUUGAGUGGUUUGUCUGCAAAAACAUCAAAAACUGUGCCAAUGAUACGUCUGCUUGGGUGCCUCUCCCUGCCAACUCCACCGAUGUUACCAUGGACGCACACAUGGAUGAGGAGAAUAAUCUUGAGAGCCAGGUUUUGUUCGGUCAUCUGGAAAACACUCUGGCUGUCCGCUGUCUGGCUAAAAAUGACAUGGCCGCUGUGAGUCGGGAGGUCAAGCUGGUGUCUAAUGGCCCUCACCCUGAGCUGACCGUAGCUGCUGCUGUGCUGGUGCUGCUGGUCAUUGUCAUCAUCUCACUCAUUGUGUUGGUUGUCAUAUGGAAACAGAAACCCAGAUAUGAAAUCCGCUGGCGGGUGAUUGAGUCUGUGAGCCCCGAUGGCCAUGAAUACAUCUAUGUGGACCCUAUGCAGCUGCCCUAUGACUCGAGAUGGGAGUUCCCUCGAGAUAGACUGGUUCUGGGUCGUAUACUGGGCUCUGGAGCAUUUGGGAAGGUGGUAGAGGGCACAGCCUACGGACUCAGCCGCUCUCAGCCUGUCAUGAAGGUGGCAGUGAAAAUGCUAAAACCCACAGCCCGUUCUAGUGAGAAACAGGCUCUCAUGUCCGAACUGAAGAUCAUGACCCAUCUUGGACCACAUCUGAACAUUGUCAACCUUCUUGGGGCGUGCACCAAGUCAGGCCCUAUCUACAUUAUCACUGAGUACUGCUUCUAUGGAGAUCUGGUCAACUAUCUGCACAAGAACAGGGAGAGCUUCCUGAGUUUAAACACAGAGAAGACCAAGAAGGAACUGGACAUCUUUGGCAUCAACCCGGCAGACGAGAGCAGCAGGAGCUACGUGAUCCUUUCUUUUGAGAGUAAAGGAGAUUACAUGGACAUGAAGCAGGCUGAUAGCACUCAGUAUGUCCCGAUGCUGGAAAUGAGCAACUCCUCCAAAUACUCUGACAUCCUGACCUCCAACUAUGACCACCCCCCCUCCCAGAAGUCCUCCACUGGGGAAAGCGAGAUCGACAUCCUGCUCACAGACGAUUUGAACGAAGGCCUGACCACCACGGAUCUGCUGAGCUUCACGUAUCAAGUGGCCAAAGGCAUGGAGUUCUUGGCAUCCAAAAAUUGUGUGCACCGAGACCUGGCUGCUAGAAAUGUGCUGCUGUCCCAGGGCAAGAUAGUGAAGAUCUGUGACUUUGGACUGGCACGGGACAUCAUGCAUGACAACAACUAUGUGUCCAAAGGAAGUACCUUCCUCCCAGUGAAGUGGAUGGCCCCAGAGAGCAUCUUUGAUAAUAUGUACACCACUCUAUCUGAUGUCUGGUCCUACGGUAUCCUGCUCUGGGAGAUCUUCUCUUUAGGGGGCACUCCAUACCCGGGGAUGGUGGUGGACUCCAGCUUCUACAACAAGAUCAAGAGCGGAUACAGGAUGUCCAAACCAGAGCAUGCUCCUCAUGAUGUGUAUGAAGUGAUGAUGAAAUGCUGGAACAGUGAACCGGAGAAGAGGCCAUCCUUCCUGGGUCUGAGUGAAACUGUUGCUACACUGCUCCCCUCCAGCUACAAGAGACAUUAUGAAAGAGUGAACCAUGAGUUUUUGAAGAGCGACCAUCCAGCCGUGACCCGCGUGUGCACAGAGAGUGACGACUAUAUCGGCAUCACAUACAAAAACCAGGGCAAACUCAAGGACCGGGAAAGCGGCUUUGAUGAGCAGCGCCUGAGCUCAGACAGUGGCUACAUCAUCCCCCUCCCCGACCUCGACCCCAUUUCUGACGAUGACUACGGCAAGAGGAACAGGCACAGUUCUCAAACAUCCGAAGAAAGCGCCAUUGAAACAGGCUCCAGCAGUUCGACUUUACCCAAGCGAGAGGGCGAGACUUUGGAGGACAUCACGCUAUUGGACGAAAUGUGUCUAGACUGUAGCGACCUGGUGGAGGACAGCUUCCUGUGACAAGAGCCUAUGGGACAACCAAAGACUCCAAAUAAUUGUCUUCCUUCUAUGGACUUAUUCUGAGGACAAUUCAAACCACUUCACUGUCUGAAAAGACUGUGAUGACAGUAGGGUACGCUCCCCACACCUCCCUGGACACUGCCCCCUGCUGGGCUUGGAGAUGUGAACGUGCAACAAUGAGACGACGGGACUCAAAUCUGCGAAUCUGACAACAACUUCAGAUAUGAGGGAUAACACAUUGACUUUUGUAUGGUAGAGCUUUACUAUAUUGGGCAUUUCUUAACAGCAAAAUAAGCAAAAAAGGGAUGAAUGAUACGUGCCAUGAGAAGAUCUGAUUUAGCCAUAGAAAACCACUACAGAUGCACUAUGGACGCUAUAUAAGCAUUAGCAGGUUCAACAUUUCUUACAGUGACCUGCCUUAGAAUCACAAGAUGCUGGCACAAUCAGUGGAAUAGAAUCACAAGCACAACAUGUGGACUGUGCGUUUUUGUAUAAUGUCUUUAGUAGCUACAAAGUGCAGUAUUUCAAGUUUAUUUUUAUACUUCAUUGUGUAUUAUUGCGUAGAUUUUGACCAUAGUUGUUGAAAUAGAAGGUACUGUUAUGAAAAUACCUUUGUAAGCUUCUUUGCCUUGUGUCUCCACCAUUUUUGCUCCAGUGUUUUGCCCCAAUAGGUUGCUGUCAGCGUACGGACCUUCCCAAAUGAAAUGUGAUUGUAUUGUAAAUAGAUCCAGAGUUUCUUUAUAUGAUGAGUAUUGGGGUUACACUCAAGUAUUUUGUAUAGCACAUAUCAAUCAUCUGCACCCGGUAAACAUCCAACUUUAUGCCAGCUUUAAUGGACCAUUCAAACAGGAAAGUUGUAUUUGACUCUGACAACAAACAAAUCAUAUCAAAUUUUUAAAGGACCAAAGCCAGCUAAUUGUUUCAUUAAGAUUAGCAAUAUUAACCAUUUGAAGGUACUUGCAAUGACCUGGUGUCAGUAUUUUGUACCGUCUUUGUAGUAGAGCAGCUACUGUACCAGCUACGCCACUGCCUCUCACCAUCAAUGUCAAUGUGAUGAUGUAAUCUGCAAUCAACUCUUGCACUUUUUAUUUUCUUCCAUUCUGAUUUUGAUGUUGCCAAAUAGUAUUAGACAGAGGGCUUUAAAAGCUUAAGCUGUAGAAGACUCCUUUGUGUAAAAAGUGGAUGUGAAUGUCUGGUGUGUUUGUGUGUUGUUUACGGUACAGUGUUUAUAAUUGUAAGUACUCGCCCAAUACAAUGUUUUACUACUAUGCUUCAGUAUUUUACCACAUGUACAUUCAGAUGAUUUAUAUUUCAAUAAAAGUUUAUAAUGAG